AGAAGGGCUUGUCCAUCAAUAUACCCGAGUGGGCCACCCGAUUCACUCUCAACAUGAUCGGAGAAGUCGCAUUUAAGUUCGUGCCGAGCCAAAGACGGAACAUAGUAGGCAGGGAGGCCAUUUGCUCUUCCCCAUUUUGUUUGUCAGUUAUCCCUUCCAUGCCUUUGACGACGAGCGCAACAGUGAAGCCCUCGCCCUGCUGGCAGCCAUCCAUGAGUACUCGAAGGAAGCCCGGCACUUGUUCGUCAAUCCGCUGAGGUCGGUGCCCGCCAAUUGCGCGUAUGCAACUUUCGUGUUGGUGUGUGUCCGUGUGUGCAUGUGAUGCAUCGCAGGCAUUGGAUGUAUCGGUUGAGUGAUGUGCGGAGGUAUCACGGUGCUAUUGGGAUGUUCCGGCGUCUGUGUCAGGAGAUGUAUCGACAAUUCUUGGAUACGCCGCCAGAGCAACGAGACGUACGGAUGGAACAAACAGAGAGAGGGCGAGAGCCUUCUGCCCUUUCAUUGCGUUGGUGUGUCUGUGUUGGUUGAGCAGCCCACGUCGAUCAUUUUUCACAUUCACAAGGCCCCUUACGCGAGCGAUUUCGAGAGAAUUGGCGACAUCUUCAUGCUGUUCUUGGCUGGGUGAGAGAAGGCAACCCCCAGACACACAUGCACACCAGAGAUAAGAUGAAUGCAUCCCACAGCUGAGCUGACUGACAUCUGUCCUGGUGUUUUGUGCAUCCCAAGUCACGACACGACGGGCUUUACCAUCUCGUGGGGCGUCUAUCAUCUGGCCAAGAAUCCGCGUGUGCUCAAGAAACUGCAGCAGGUCAGCCAACCCACACGAAUGAAGACACGGCCAUCCGCCACACCAGACGGCCAUCUGUGUCGCGUGCAGGAGCUGGACGGUGCCGAUUUUGCGGGCGACUUGCCGACCUACGAGGAGCUGAGUCCGCUGCCGUACUUCAACGCCUGCAUCAAAGAGAUCAUGCGAAUGUAAACCGAAAACGAAUGAGGCACGCCCCUCGGUCAUCGAUGUGUGCCUUGUCGGUGUCCCUCUGUCCCUCUGGUCGGUCAGCUCACCAGUGGCUUCCAACGGCAGUAUCCGCCAGACCGAGGGCGGCAUGAAGGUCACCUCGGGCGGUGUCGACUACUGGCUUCCUGGCGGAUACGAGAUCUACGCAGCGAUCAUGCCCGUCCUCACAGACGACAGAAUGUACGCGCAAUCUAGAAAUUUUGACGCACCGUGCUUGCAUCCUUCAUAGGAUGGGUGUGUGUCAGUUGGGGUGACGGCAACGUGUUUCGUCCCGAGCGGUGGCUUGAGGCCAGCGAGGAGCAACUCAAGCUCUACAACAAGGCCUUUCAACCAUUCUCUAUGGCACCCAGAUCAUGGUGAGUCCAUGAGUAGCGUCACAGCAUCACACACGAGGAAUGAAUGGAAGAAGAGGACCAGUGGGAUGUUUGGCUGUCCUGCUUCUUUUGCUUUACUCAGUAUCGGGACCAAUCUGGCCAUGAUCGAGGUCAGCACGACACAAGAGGAAGAGGGAGAGAGAUCCGUAAAGGAGGGACCAUUGUCUGUCUGUACGUGUCUGUGGUUGUCAGGUUCGUCUGACGAUGGCUGUCCUGUUUACUCGCUAUGAGUUUGAGGUCAUCCAAGAGCCCACUCCGGUCUCUGCCGUCACGUACGUGCCCUAUCUACCACAACACGACAGAACAGAAGAUACGAAACACGUGACAGCUAGCUCUCUCUUCUGCUGUCUGUCUGUCUGUCUGUCUGUCUGGUUGCUCAGCUAUAAGCCACAAGGCCUGACAGUCCGGUCGAUCAAGCGAACAUGAGAUGUGCGUGCCAUGCCAUGCCAUGCGUGUACACGUCUAGAUGUCCAUUUUUCUGUACGUGUUGCCUUUAUCAAGACCCCCUGUCUGUAGCCGGCAGUUCCUCACUAGAGAGACGGCUUGCAUUAACCGUAACACUCGUCUGUGUGUCCGUGACACUCAUACAAAUAAAUACAGUCCCAUGAGC